AUGGAGGUGCCUUUAACGUCUAGGCUUCUUCGUGCAUCCUUGUACGGAGCCAGCGUCUUUGUCUCCUUCUUCCUAAUGCUGGUCUUCAUGACCUACAACGCAUACCUCAUUUUGGCCACGGUGAUUGGAGCGGCCCUUGGGCACUUUAUUUACGGAUCUCGUAUGGAUCCAGACGCGAUCCUCGGGCAGGAAUUGCUCCCAGAGGAAUGUCAUGUCAUUAAAUGUCUCCGACCAGCAGGAACACCGCAUAAGGCAGUACUGGAUUAUCUGCAUGCAAACAACUUUCAUAAAGCAUACGACGCGCUUAAAGAGGAGACGGGCCUCAAUCCAGAUCCAAACGCGCAGUACACCGGGCUGUUGGAGAAGAAGUGGACAAGCGUCAUCAGACUACAGAAGAAGAUAUUGGAUCUAGAAACGCGCAACGCCGCGCUACGGGAAGAGGCAGCAAUGUCACCAGCACAAAGAACAACAACACAAGCGGAUUGGCUUCCACGCUCGCCGGCGAAGCAUACUCUUGCGGGCCAUCGUUCCUCGAUCACCAGAGUGGCGUUCCAUCCCGUGUUUAGCUUACUUGCGAGUGCAAGCGAAGACACGACCAUUAAAAUCUGGGAUUGGGAAACCGGAGAAUUUGAACGAACCCUGAAAGGACACACGAAGAGUGUGAGUGAUGUCGAUUUUGACUCCAAGGGUGCAUAUCUUGUUUCAUGCUCUCUCGACCUAACCCUGAAACUGUGGGAUGCAAACAACGACUUCAAGAACGUACGGACGUUCGCUGGUCACGACCACUCAGUUUCUAGCGCCAGAUUCCUUCCGGGCGACGAUUUUGUUCUAAGCGCGAGUCGCGAUAAAACAAUCAGGGUUUGGGAAGUCGCUACAGGCUUUUGCGUCAAGAAGUUUACCGGACACACAGAGUGGGUUCGAUAUGUCGUACCGUCCGAAGACGGCAAACUUUGGGCCAGUGCAUCGGAUGACCAUACCAGUCGAAUAUGGGACGCUCAAACAGGAGAGACCAAGGCAGAGCUACGAGGACAUGAGAAAAAUGUAGAAAGCGUGACAUUUGUUCCCCUCGCGUCGUACAAGGCGAUCAGCGAGCUUGUGGACCUAGGUGGACCUGAUCGCUUGAAGACUCCUGGCUUACUAGUGGUGACAACAUCGCGCGAUAAGACUGCAAUAUUAUGGGACGCGCAUAGCGGCCAAGAAUUAAAAACUUUUACUGGACAUGACGAUUGGGUACGAUGCGUGGUCUUCCACCCGAAUGGCAAGCACAUGAUAUCCGCCUCUGAUGACAAGACAAUGAAGAUAUGGGAACUCAAUACUGGACGAUGUACAAGGACUAUCGACGCUCACGACCAUUUUGUGACAUGUAUCGCCUGGGGCCGCGCCUCGAGCAAGUCGGCAUCAGCUGGCACCAAUGGUGCAGGAGAAAAGGGCCAGCCAGAAGAGAGGAGAAUCAACGUACUUGCUACCGGGAGCGUUGAUCAAAUGAUCAAAGUUUGGUGCCCUUGA